AUGAUUUGUCACAAGAAGAUUGACUGGAGGUAUGGUGCUUAUUCUUCUCAGAAAUGUCCUGAUGUUUUCUUUCACUCCAAAUGCGCGACUAGAAAAGAUGUGUGGGAUGGAGUAGAACUCGAAGGGGUGCCUGAAGAUGUUGUAGAUGUUUCUCCAUUCAAAGUGAUUGAAGACGGAGUCAUUAACCAUUUCUCCCAUGAGGAACACAACCUAAGGCUUAUUGAUGAGGAUGCUAUUGAUCGUCAUAAAAGCAUAAGAUACGAAUGUGGUGAUACUAUCCUAGACGUAAGGUGUGCGUCGAUGUCAUGGUAUUGUGAUUAUGAGUGUCACCCGCAUACCCUCUUCCUCACUACGCUUGACAGGGACACUUGUGGGGCAUGUCUUGAAACUGAAGAACAAGUGUUGCAUUGCGUUGAGUGUGAGUUCACAUUGGACUUCAAGUGUGCUACUCUACCAAAAAAGAUAAAGCACAGGUGCGAUGACCAUUUUAUGUCCUUGUGUUUCGGUGAGAAGGUGAAGCCGAGGGGUAAGUACUGGUGUGAGGUUUGUGAAACCGUUUUAGAUCCACAGAAAUGGUUUUACUCAUGCGGUGAUUGCGGAGUCGUUUGCCAUAUUCCGUGUGUGCUCGGGGAGUUAUGGAAUGCCAAGCCACGUGUCAUCCACUAUGAUGGAGAAGACUAUAAGUUCGGAGGCUACCCUGACCGGUAUCAGCAGAGGCAACAGGCGGGCCAGCAACAAGUCCCUUUCUGA